AUGAGUUCGUCGUCGCCGUCAAGGAAUCCGACGUCCUCCGAAGCGCCACCGUCGUCAUCUACAUCUACGGAUGCUACGACGACGGUUGUGGUAGCGGAAGGUUCGUCGAAGAAGGUGAGGAAACCUUAUACAAUCACCAAGUCUAGGGAGAGCUGGACAGAGGAAGAGCACGAUAAGUUUCUUGAAGCACUUCAACUGUUUGAUCGUGACUGGAAGAAGAUAGAAGAUUUCGUGGGUUCAAAGACUGUUAUUCAGAUUAGGAGUCAUGCCCAAAAAUACUUUUUAAAGGUUCAGAAAACUGGAACACUAGCACAUGUGCCUCCUCCUCGGCCUAAGCGCAAAGCCGCUCAUCCCUAUCCUCAAAAGGCUUCGAAGAACGCUCAAAUGCCACUACUUCAAGCUUCAACGUCUUUUACUAAUACUCCAAAUAUCGAUAUUCCCGGGUAUAUGUCGUGGGACGAUGCGUCAAUGUUGCUAAACAGAGUUAUUUCACCACAACAGGAACUCGCUACUCUUCGUGGAGCAGAAGCUGAUAUUGGAUCGAAGGGCGUAUUAAAUGUUACUAGCCCUUCGACAUCCGCUAUGGGAAGCUCAAGCCGAACAGUAUCAGGUUCUGAGAAUCUAAAACCGCCUCCCGUGCUUCACGGUGUUCCUGAUUUUGCUGAAGUUUAUAGCUUCAUUGGGAGUGUCUUUGAUCCUGAAACCAGAGGCCAUGUGGAAAAGCUCAAGGAAAUGGAUCCCAUAAAUUUCGAAACUGUUGUGUUAUUGAUGAGAAACCUCACAGUUAACUUAUCAAACCCUGAUUUCGAAUCCGCUAGGGAAAUCCUCUCAUCGUAUGAGGCAAAGACCGAGCUCCCAAGCGUUACCACUAGUUCUCAUGUCAAGAACUCAACAAGUGACAAAUCAUCUUAA